GAAUGCGGUGGUACCAAAGAGGAGAGAAAUCUGAGCGGCCGUGCCGGGUGAUGUGAAAAGUCACAAUACCACAUCAAAACCAGGCUUUCCCAUCGCAUGCUUAGACCAGUGAAGGGGAUAUGAGAAUCACCGUUUGUCACGGGGUGAUGGGCACGUUUGAUCAGUGACUAAGAUUUGGAUUGGGCCGUUGUGAGCACUUGUGGAGCCUUUUCCCCCCACAGCUGAUUGGCAGCAGUACCUCCGGUUCACCCCCCCCCCCCCCUCUACGUGGCACUCUUUUUGCCACCUCCGAGUCUCGAAGGAAAAACAUCGCUGAGGGAUCAGACACCUCCCCACCACACACUUCCUAACCAGACUCCCCGAGCACAUCGCCUCACCGUCACCUCCCCAAGAGGGAGAGAACAGCAGCCGCCAUGGUGCUGUCACAGAGACAAAGGGAUGAACUAAAUCGGGCUAUAGCUGACUAUCUCCGUUCCAAUGGAUAUGAGGAGGCCUAUUCCACCUUCAAGAAAGAGGCUGAGUUAGAUAUGAAUGAAGAGGUAGAUAAAAAGUAUGCUGGACUCUUAGAAAAGAAAUGGACAUCAGUCAUCAGAUUACAGAAGAAGGUGAUGGAGUUGGAGUCGAAGUUGAAUGAGGCGAAGGAGGAGAUGACACAUGGAGGACCUGUGGGUCAGAAGAAAGACCCCAAGGAAUGGAUCCCCCGUCCCCCAGAGAAAUACGCCCUGAGCGGGCACCGCGCUCCUGUCACACGAGUCAUAUUCCACCCUGUGUUCUCUGUUAUGGUCACAGCCUCUGAGGAUGCUACCAUCAAGGUGUGGGACUAUGAGGCAGGAGACUUUGAGCGAACUCUGAAAGGCCACACAGACUCUGUGCAGGACAUCUCCUUUGAUCAGACAGGAAAGCUGCUGGCUUCAUGUUCAGCUGACAUGAGCAUCAAACUCUGGGACUUUCAGGGGUUUGAGUGCAUCCGAACAAUGCAUGGCCACGAUCACAAUGUGUCGUCUGUAGCCAUCAUGCCAAAUGGUGACCACAUAGUGUCUGCAUCCAGAGACAAGACCAUCAAGAUGUGGGAGGUGGCCACUGGAUACUGUGUGAAGACCUUCACAGGCCACAGGGAGUGGGUGAGGAUGGUGCGUCCCAACCAGGACGGCUCGUUGAUCGCCAGCUGCUCCAAUGAUCAGACAGUGCGUGUCUGGGUGGUUGCCUCAAAGGAGUGCAAAGCUGAGCUGCGGGAGCAUGAACAUGUGGUAGAGUGUAUUGCCUGGGCCCCUGACAGUGCUCACCCCACCAUCCUGGAGGCCACAGGCUCAGAGAGUAAGAAGAGUGGAAAGCCAGGCCCCUUCCUUCUAUCUGGAUCCAGAGAUAAAACCAUUAAGAUGUGGGACGUCAGCACUGGCAUCUGCCUUAUGACUCUGGUGGGACAUGACAACUGGGUGCGUGGGGUGUUGUUUCACCCUGGAGGAAGAUUCAUAGUGAGCUGUGCUGAUGACAAAACCAUUAGGGUUUGGGACUACAAGAACAAACGCUGCAUGAAGACCCUGUGUGCCCAUGAACACUUUGUUACCUCUCUGGAUUUCCACAAGACUUCUCCCUACGUGGUGACAGGCAGUGUCGAUCAGACAGUCAAAGUCUGGGAGUGUCGCUGAGACUGCCUCCAUCUCUUGCCCUUUCCAGCUUCCUACCCCCACCUCCAAAAGAAACCCUAAAGCCCCACUGUACCCCAUUCCUCUCCUUCUGUCCUGACAACCAGCCCAGCCCCUCACCUCUCGCACUCCAAACCAUAGUUGACCAUGGCGCUUUACCUUCCUCCCCGUCCCCUACCCUCGCUUCCCCCUCCUUCCCCCCUCCCCUACAUCAGUCCAGCCCUAUUAAGAUGACUAUUGUCCUUUUAUGUAAAUUAUUCUGGAUGUAGGGUACGCUUAAUAAAUGUCACGCAGUCUCUGACACAUAAACACACUCAAAAGAUAAGUAUUCCUUGCAUGGUGAAUCAAACAAAAAAAUUGUAUACUGUAAAAUUUGCCGAAUUUGCAUACUGUUGUCAUGACUUCCCGUCAAGUCAAAGGGUAAAUAUCCUUGUGUGCUGGCACAGGUGGAUUCCGGUUAACUGACAGUGCACGAAAAACCAAUGGCGCCCCUUGUUGAAGGGGUUUAGGUUUAUUUUAGUUUUGUUUUACUCCAUGCCUCCAUUGUUGUGGUCUGUCUCUGCGCAGAUGGUGAUAGAGAAGAUGUGAGGAAGGUAAGAAUAAAAGAAAGGAUGAGUGGAAACUGUCCAGGAGAAUAUGAUAGUAAGUUGAAGAAAAAAAAAAAAUUAAAUAGGAUGCAGCUCCCUAGUUGAAUCACUUGAGGUUCUGUGGGUGAGUGCACGU